UUCCUCCAUCUUGUCUGACAGCGCCCGAAAGGUGUCCGAGGUUCCGCCGAUUUUCUCAGCCAAAAACACCGAACAAAUUCAUCACAAUGUCGUCCGACAGCCCACCAGAGUACGUGCACUUCUUUGGCGUGAUGGGAGCCACCUCAGCCAUCGUUUUCAGCGCAUUCGGUGCCGCCUACGGUACGGCCAAGAGUGGAAUGGGCAUCGCGGCCAUGAGUGUGAUGCGGCCAGAGCUCAUCAUGAAGUCCAUCAUUCCUGUGGUCAUGGCGGGUAUCAUCGCCAUCUACGGGCUGGUGGUCGCUGUUCUCAUCGGCAGCAACAUGGACAACACGGACGCUUACACAACAUACAGGAGCUUCCUACACCUGGGAGCAGGGUUGAGCGUGGGCUUGAGCGGACUAGCUGCAGGGUUUGCCGUGGGGAUCGUGGGUGAUGCAGGCGUGCGAGGAACCGCCCAACAGCCUCGGCUAUUUGUCGGUAUGAUCCUGAUCUUGAUCUUCGCGGAGGUGCUGGGUCUGUAUGGGCUGAUCGUGGCUCUCAUUCUCUCCACCAAGAAGUCGUAAACGCUUCCCUGACAGUCCCGGGGAACUCUGCCAACCUCUACUUAACUCAGACCUGGACUAGGCAGGGCAAUGGGUGGGCCAACUGACAGCUUGAGUUCAAGCAGACAAACAGAUAAAUUAACAAAAUCGGGGUCCAAAAACAGCUUACUUGUUUCAUUGAACUUAACUGCUAUUUUUGGAAGCAAUCAGGUGGGGAUAAAAUGAAAAUCAUAUAUUCAUGUAUUAAUCAGGUUAUGACUUGAAUUUUGCUGAAUUAAAGAAAGAAAAUCAUAUCAGAGAUCAGAGCAAAGUAUGAAAGCAGGACUUCAGUUGUAGUAGAUGAAAUAUAACAAAUACUUAUCUACCAUUUGGAUCUUAUGCAAGUUUUGAGAACAUUCCACUCGACCCUCUUCUCUAAAGCUGCUAGUCCACUGUGGAGAAAAUAUGAUAACCCAAACAUGUGUGAGCAGAAGUCAUUCUAAAGCAGGAUUUUAAUUCAUUUCCUUGUGUUGGAAAUUACAAUUAAAAUCCUGCUUCAGAGUAGGACCCAUAGUUCCCCUUGAAAACAAUAGGAGAGUAGGAAGAUGUAUGAUAUUUGCUGUAGGUAGCAUUCCAAACUUUUAGCCGCUUGAAUACAAGUCUUCCUCAAUUCUUACAUGAUGCACAAAUAAACAGUUGAACAGUCAAGUUGAAGUCCACUCAAAUCUUAGAAGUCAAGCCCAGUUGGCCACCCAUUGUCUACAAGAUGUUGGCCUCUGACUCUAUAUCCUAGUGAUCCCAGUUCUCUUAUGAAGCCUAAUAUCAUAGGCUACAGUAGAUAGAGUGAAGCAUUGUAAACAGUGGUAUGAAUUUUUCGUUUUGUACUGAAGGUGAAUCUGUAAAACAGGUAUUAGUGAAGUCAAAGCUGCACGAAACUUGAGGUGGGUGAAUUAAUUAUUAUUUUAAGUACAUAAUGUAUCUGUGAAAAACUUGUUCUUUGUGUACAGGAGCCAGGAAGGAGUAGUUAUCAUGAAGAAAAUGUUUUUGUCCUGAUGAAAAGGGUAAUUCCGAGUCUCCAAAAGGAAACAGAUUGAUCAAUGUCACAGAUGUAUUUAUCGUGGAUAUAGUAUAUAAUAUUUGGUGGGGUAGAUCAGUGGUUACCUCAGGAGUUUGGUGUUUGCAAACAACAUUGGUUUGACUUCGUUGUAACCUUCGUUGUAAAGCAGACGCAAACUUCUUGGGUACGAUAUAUUGUUUCCCUUAAAUCUGUGAGGUAAUGCCAAGGUAGUAAGUUGGAUUUAGACUUGAUGUCAGGAAAAUAUUGUGAAGAAAUAGUGUAGGUAAAACAAAAAGGUAGUAGGAAGAAAUAAAGAGAUGUAAAUGUGUAACAUUGGAGCAUGCCGUGGCAGUGUUCGUAGUGGUCUGCACGUCUCCAUGUGAUCUGCAAUGAUAGCUGUAGACUGUAGCAUAAUCUAGGAAUAAAUUCAAAAGGAUGACGUUGCGAAUAAACAAAAAGAUUUAUGAUAAACUUAGGAUGUAUAUACACUACAGAUCAUAUACGCUCACCAGUGUGACAUGGGAGGGAACAUACUAUGCCAAUAGCCCUAUGUAAACUGUAUAUUUGCUGUUCAUAGCAAGAUACAAAUAACCCUGCCAGUGCCCAGCUUGGCCAGCAGUCUCUUAUUAUACUGAUUAAACAGUCAGAUGCUGCUCCAUAACAAAACAUAACAGCUUUUCAUAUGUGCAACAAAGGGACAAAUUUGACAAACCCUUACAUCUGGUUGGUUGAAACACAAGGCAGUAAUGAGUUAAGGUAGCAUUAAACAUCUCUUAAAUGGCUCUGUAAAAAAUCUGUCAUGUCUCCUGCACCAAGCAGCCAAUAAAUGUGUUAUGUGUAAAA